AUUCGCCGAAGGGAGGUUUGAUUUCCUGUCCAUGCUUUUGGUAAUCGUUUUUCGCGCCACUACAGGCUCGAUGCGAGGCCUGGAUACUAGUUCCAGCAUACACCGCGGGUUUCAUUGAUGUACGAAGAGGUACGAAGAAGAAACGAGAUGCCAAGGAGGCAGAGUAAGUGGGACAUACCUGCUACAGAGGUAGCUACCGAAAGUAAUGGAAAAAACAAGUCAGCCACAGAAGCUGCAAGAGAGAGAGCCGCCAAGCUUACAGCAAUGCUGGCUGCUAAAGGAAAGCUUGCUAGUAAUGUUGGAGCACCUUUACCAGUCAUGUCACAAACAGCAGUUCAGUCUUCUCAAAAGGCUGACAAAGAGCAAGAUCUCCUUUAUGCUGAAGUAGAAGUCAAUGAUUCACCAGCAAGAGUUAUUUUGUGUAAAGGUACUACCCAAGAUGAGAUAAAUAGAUAUAGUGGUGCAGCUGUAUCUACUAAAGGGCGAUACAUGGAUGCAGAAGAAAAGAAAAAUAUAGACAAAGAUGGAGAAAGGCCCUUGUAUCUUUAUAUACAAGCAACAACACAAAACAAGAUUGAAUUGGCUUUAAAAAGAAUUCAUGAGAUAAUGGAAAGGAAAGAUAUUUAUGGCAAACCACCAUCGGAGCAGACUUCAAGCCAUACACGAUGGUCACCCUACCAGCCUACCAUUUCUACAGCAAACAAUAGUUUUAAUUCUAAUAAUACUGCACAAAUUACUCAAGUACAAAACCAAACACUCCCUACUGGGAUGCAUUACAUUCAAGAUAAAGUAUUUGUUGGCCUUGAACAGGCAUCACCAGAAUUUAAUGUCAAAGAAAAGUUAUUAGGGCCGGGGGGAUCUUUUUUUCAACAUAUCUGUACAGAAACAGGAGCAAAGGUUUUUCUAAGAGGCAAAGGAUCAGGUUUCUUAGAACCCACAUCAGGAAGAGAAGCAUUUGAGGCCCUUCACAUUUAUUUAAGUCAUACAAAACAAGAUGGCCUUUCAGCAGCAAGAAAGCUAGUGGAAAAUCUUAUACAAACUGUCAACCAGGAAUAUCAAACUUUUGAGCAAAUGAAGAGAGGAAUACCCCCUGGUUAUCCACCCCACCCAGGGUAUCUACAGCCUGGAUACAUGCCAUAUUCUUAUCCACCUGGAAUACACCCACCUCAACCUGGCUAUCCUCCUCAACCAGUUGGUCCACCAGCACCCCAUUAUGGCCAUCCCCUUCCAGUUCCUCCACAGCCACCAAUACCACCACAUCGACCAAUGAUACCUCCUCCAGGGUAUGGAGCUCCUCCUUAUCAACAAGCUCCUCCCUACCCAGAGCCGCCAAUGCCUACUGCACCACCACAGAAUGUUGGGCCGUCACCAUAUCCUCCUUCAAAUGUUCUUUAUCCUCCAAGACCUGAUUUGCCUUCUGCAGCCUAUAAUAGUCCUCAGCAAUCAGCACCUCCAGAGAAUCAACCUUGUCCACUGCCACCUACAGAAAAAGAACCAAGUAUUACUAAUUUUAACGUGAGAGACCAAGUGGCACCUCCAGUUAAUCCACAGCCAGAGCCUCRCAAGCGUCGGUUCAAAGAAGUACCUCACAGUGAGUCUCAGCAGUUAUCCCAGCCCAGGACAUCUAUGAAGGAGUCUAGCAGAGAAGCAUYUUAUUUAGGUAUCAACAAAGACCAGAAAUUUCCACAUCCUGAUCUUCCUCRACAAUUUCCAAAGAAAGAUGAUAUUGCUUCAAUGCCACCACCACUACCACACCCUGGAGCACCCAUAUCACAGAAGCUACAACAACCUAAGAUACUAAAAGACUUUAAAAAACCACUGGGAUUGGCCAAGCCAUUCACACCACCCCUCCCCCCUAAAGUAAUUAUUGGAAAACAGCAAAGUGCUCAAAAGUCCAGCAUACCAGGUACCAAGAAACAUGGAUUGUCUUCCUCAGCAGAUAACCCUGAGCCCAAGAAAGCAAAAAAAGAAGUGCCAAAGGAAGUAUCUUCCUUUUCGGCAAUAGGUUCUUUAGUAGCUUAUGAAGGAGAUUCAUCGGAAGAAGAAGAAGAAGAAAAACAACAGAAGCCAGUAAUUAAUAGUAAACAAGAUGAAACUAGGUCUACUUCAAGGACUAAAAAACAAAAUCUUCCAUUCUGGGCAGUUCGAAAUUAGUCACAUUUCAUAUUCUAUGUUUGUGUUUGUAAUCAGUGUGAGUUUCCAAUUGUGGUGUGUGUUGUAACUGUCCUGGUGAAGUAGUGCCGCAUAUCUUCAUUUUUGUCUUUGUUCGUAUAUCUAGUUUGUUUCUCAUGUUCUUGAUGUUCUGUGCUUUCUGCUUUAAACUCUAAAACACUUACCAACAGUGACAACAAAGUGUUGCCUCUGACCAUCAGUUCAUACCAUACAACCAUUGCACCAUAUGGAUGUAUAAGAUAAUUACAGUGGUAUGAAAGUGGUGGAUGAUACAUGUACAUACAUAUCAUAGCUCUGUUCAUACUUGUAUAUGACAUCCAUUGGUUAAAUCCUAUCCAUAAUAUCACAUGGUUUUGGUAGGUCCAUCGAUGAUGGUGCCAGAGCCUCUGCACCAUUGCUUUUCUAGUCAGGGCAAAAUAAUGGCUGGUCUUUGGACAAUUUCCAGACAAAACUGAGUGUUUUCCAGUCAAAUCUUUGCCUUGCCCAUCAUUUUGACUGGCAAAAAAACAAAAACAAAAAACAAAAAAAAAA